AAGACAGAACCAACCAAAACUUCCCAUGCUUCACAGGGCCCAAAUAAAUCGGUGGGUAAGGCACCGAUGAGUGUGAAGAAGGCAUCUAAAAAGAUGUCUACAAAGAAAGUAUUCAAGUCUGGAACAAGAAAGUCUUCAAGGCUGAAGAAUAUAAUGACGUCAGUUGCUGAGAUUACUCAGCUUCCUGAUGGUAACUCUUCCUCUGAGGAAGAUGACCAGGAUGAAGCCAACAAUGAAGGUGGUUUUUCUGUAAAUGAUGGAGGAGAUUUUUCGAACAGAGAUGAAGGUAUGGUUGACACUGGAGUAGCUAACAUUUCAGUUGGUGGACCUACACCUUCCCAUCAGGUAUGUCGUGUACAAAUAUUUUUUUCAAUUAUUUCCAGUUGUGUACGUACACAUAGGCUUCAGAAGUGUAUGGUAUACUAUGUUUCAGGAUGAAGGAGCACGUGAUGGUGGUGAGUCUGUCCUUGUUGGUACAUAGUCAGGGACCGAGGAAAAAGCUAGUGGUGACACAGAGAUGGAAGAAAUUCCAUCUCCUGUACCUUCAACCUCUGUACAGGAUAAAGGACCAAUUGAUGGUGGUGAGCCUGUCGUAGUUGGUACACAGCGAGGGACAGAUGAAAAACCAACUGCUGACACAGAGAUGGUAGAAAAUCCAUCAGGUUUACCUGCAACAUCUGGACAGGGAGAAGAACAUGGUGCCGGUCUUGAGAGUGAAGCAAAUGUUGGGGAGCAACCAGAAAUUUCUGAGGGUAAUGAUAGAGAUACAUCUUCUCAGGCUGAACACACCGAGGAACCCGGUGUAAGUGUUGAUGCGGGAGAUGUACCCAAUGUAGUUGCAGAGAGUAAAGUGGAUGACUCAGUACUUGAGGGCACCCUAGGGGAUCCCCCUUCACCAUGUGCAGUAGUUAGGAAGGUGUUACAGGAGUUGGCAACGAAAGCCUCCAUGGAUGUGGAUGCAGCUAAUGUAAAGGAGGGAGUGUUGGAGCAGCAGGGGAUUAUCGACGGGGUGGAAGAACAAGAGGAUUCAAACCCAGGGUUAGAUGAAGCAGACACGACAGUUGGUACACUAGAAAAUAUUGAUGAACCAAACAACGAUGCUGCAGUCGAAGCUGUUAAAAUUCCUACGCCGGUUGUACCCAAAAAAAUGAAGAAGCAAAUAAUUGUUGAGAUGGAUGACGCCCUUCCGGAAGGUUUUAAGGAAACAACAGUCCUCGUGCAGGAUGUUCCUGGACGAGCUGAAGAUUCAGAGGUUGUUAUAGCGGCUGGAAAUGUCCCUUACAACCCCUUGGAGAAGGUUGAUGCUUCCAAAUUAGAGAUCUUAACCAAUGUCCUCCGCGGUUUUAAUGUGAAGCACACUCUUUUCGGGUAUCGCAAAGUGGACAACGAGUUUUUCUCCAUGCUUAUAGCACAAGGACAGUGGGUGGAUAAUAUGAUCUUGGAAAUGCUCGCAAUCUUGAUGUGGCACAAGAACGGUCAACAAAUGAUAGCAAACCGAUGCGUUGUUUUGGACUCCUACCUGCUUUAUGAGCUUACUAAGCGUGCUGUCAGCUUCAGGAAUUGUAGAAAUAAGCAUGGGUUCAAAUGGGGCGACCGGCUAUACGACAUGGCCAAUGGAAUACACAUACACCGUGAACCUAGUCUUAGGUGGUUCAAGGAUGUCGACGUGGUAUAUGCUCCGAUGAACUGGAAAGGUGAUCAUUGGGUUGGGUUGGCAAUCCACCUCAGAGCCCGGAAUAUAGUUGUCUAUGACGCUCUCAUAGAACACACGCGGGAGUCUGUUGCAUGGUCAAAGAUGCAGCCUGUCUGCGAGAUGAUGCCGUACCUAGUGAGAGCGAUGUGCGCGGAUGUAUUGCCUGCGAAGUACUCAGUUGAACCUUUUGCCUAUGAGAGAAAUGUUAUGGUCGCUCAAAACCCAAGUACAGGAGAUUGCGGGCCUUACGCAAUGAAGUACUUGGAGUUGCUGGCGUUUGGUAACCCAAUGUCAGACUUGGUGAAUAUUCAAGAAGCAGAUAUGGCCACCUACCGUCAGGUGUACGCAACAGAAAUCUACGAGCACGGCAAGCGCGAGUGUGGUAACCGGCGUUUAUUGUAAUCAUCCCUGGAUGUUGAAUUAUUUUUAUUUCCUAGUACUUAUUUCCUUAUUUCAACAACCUAAUUAGAACAACGUAAUUAAUUAUGGAGAUCCUCAAAAUAUUUAUGUAAUCGUUAUAACUAUCUUCUCUAAACAAUCUGCACA